UCCGAUGACUACAGCCCUGGUUUUCGGUCCAACCGGCGCAGUUGGCUCACAGAUCCUGGCCACGCUUCUCUCAUCCCAUACUUGCACAUCUCUCACGACCAUCUCUCGUCGCGCGCCUCAAACUCAGACUCAAUUUCCAAAACUGAAGACUGUCAUCGAAACUGACACUGCAAAAUGGGGCCCUACGAUUUCUACACUCUCUCCUGCUCCUUCAGUAGUCUUUAACGCGGUCGGAACUACCAUGGCCAGUGCUGGGUCCAUCGCCGCACAAUGGGCCAUUGACCAUGAUCUAUGCGUCGAANAUGCAAAAGCUGCAAAGGCAGCAGGCAUCAAGACGUAUGUGUAUUGCUCGAGCGCAGGAACAAGUGGAUCACUUAGUCCUUUUGCCUUGACACCAUAUGCAAAGAUGAAGAGGGGCGUAGAGAAUACCAUCAAGGAGUUGGAUUUUGAAAACGCGAUCAUCUUGCGACCUGGAAUGAUUCUGGGAAGGGAAAGCCCGAAGAACAAAUGGCUUGAGGAUAUCUUUGAUGGCUUCAAGAAGAUCUCACAGGGUUUCCGGGAUAAAUGGGAUCAGACGACUAUUGGAAGAGCAGCAGUAGCUGCUGUCAGAAUGGUAGAAGAGGGGAAAGCUCCAGAGAAGUUCUGGGUCUUGGAACAAUCAGAUAUCGUAAGGUUGGGAAGAGACGAAUGGAAGGAG